GGCGCGGAUAGCUAUCGACAAAAGUUACGUGACGAAAACCGACAGAAUCCAACCUCUGCCAGGACGAGUCCUCCACCUCAAUUGGCCUGGAGAACGUCAACUAACAUACCCCAAAAUGGAGGCACGACACGCCGUCCAAAGCGCCCUGCGCACAGCGACGUCCUCGACGCGAGUGACGGCCGCUCUCCUCGCCAUGAGGAGGAGUACCCCGGCGGCAUCGUCAAUCGUCCGUCAACAAUCCUCAAUCACCUCAGCGACAGAAUCAACAGCACUUGACAACACAUCCGCCACGCAAACGACGGCGCCGGCGGCGUCCGUCAAUACGUGGCCCGUCCCCGCCACUGACAAGUCGGCGACGGCCAGCCGCGAUGACAUGUCAACCUGGGUCAAGCCGAGGUCGUCGUCCACCAUUGGGGGCCGCAGCGCCAACGCCACUGCCAAUACCCAGAAUACCUUUAACCGGAUCGCCAUCGGAAAAUACAAGCUUUUCAACUCUCGUCCGUCCUCCAUAAGCGAAGCCUUUGUCAACGAGGCCAAAAGGGCCACUUCCAUGGGCAACCUGCCCGGCUCGCAGCAGUUCAACCUCGACAGCUUCCUUGAGAAACAUCGUAUGCAAGCCAUCACACAGGAAUGGAGCAAACGCCUCCGACCCGUUCUAGGCAGGACCGUUCCCACCACCCCCAACGUGGACGCCGCCAAAGCGUUUCAACUAUUACAGCUUCUAGUGAGGAGGAACAAUGUUGCCGGUGAUUUCCAUCGCCAGCGUUUCCACGAGAGAGGCGGUCUGAAGAGGAAGAGACUCAAGAGCCAGAGGUGGAGGGCCAGAUUCAAGACCAGCUUUGUAGCCACUGUCAAGAGGGUUCAGCAGUUGGUCAAGCAGGGUUGGUAGAAGAUCUUGUGCUACCAGCAACCUAAAUGUGUUGGCUUGGCAGCACUCGGAGGCUGCUACACAUAGACUAUCCAGUGUCGCCUAGUCGAUAAAAGGCAGAGGCCAUGUAACAUUUAACCAUGUUUUGAUAUCAAAAGUACAUUAUAACAGCACUCUCUUCAAGCAAGCGAGUGUAACCGUGUCAACAAAUGAUCUAUGCCAUCGUACCUGCGGCUGAGUGCAGUUCGCACUUAGUUCGGCUGUGGUGCAUGUCGGCAAAGUUGACCUCACAAGAUGUGCAUCUACAGUGCACCUUUGGCGCAAAUUCGGGCAGCAAGGGGCGAUUUACCACAUCACUGAGUAUUUAUAUCGCUCGGAACCUCUAUUCGCUACCAUAAUCAUUAAUCCAUUCUAUGUGGAAAUCACUGUGCUGUUAACCGGGGACUCGUCUGAAUCUUGGGCCGACUCUUAAACACGGCCUCGUAGUCGUCAACGCCCUGCUCUAGCAUCUGAUCCACCAGCACGCUGUCUCCUUCAGCCGCC